UUCGCUGGAAUGGCCCUCUCCGUGGACUCAUCUUGGCCCAGGUGGCGGUGGCGAGUCCCAGACGGCUUCCCGGAGUCUCCAUCAGAGACCACGGCACUGCUCCCUCCAGAGAGGGGGAGGCAGAACCCGAGCCUGCCGCAGCAGCGGGUUGUGGUCCCCAACAACAGCCUUUGCCACCAGGAUUGGGAAAAGGUCUCCAGGAGAUACUCGGGCAACAGAAUCUGCACGACCAAAUACAGCCUCCUCACCUUCCUGCCCCGGAAUCUCUGUGAGCAGUUUCACAGAGGGGCCAACCUCUACUUCCUGUUCCUGGUGAUUCUGAACUGGGUGCCCUCCCUGGAGGUCUUCCACAGAGAGAUCACCAUGCUCCCCCUGGCCAUCGUGCUGCUCAUCAUCAUGGUCAAGGACGGCAUGGAGGACCUCAAGAGACACCGCUUUGAUAGAGAGAUAAACCACUCCAGCGUCAGAAUAUAUGAAGGAAAACAGCAGCGCUACGUGCAGAGGUGCUGGAAGGACGUGCGCGUGGGCGACUUCAUCCAGAUGCAGUGCAAUGAGAUCAUCCCUGCGGACACACUCCUCCUCUUUUCCUCAGACCCCAGCGGGAUCUGCCACCUGGAGACGGCCAACUUGGACGGAGAGACAAACCUCAAGCAAAGAUGUGUCGUGAGGGGCUUCUCCCAACAGGAGCUGCAGUUCCAACCAGAGCACUUCUGCAAUACCAUCGUGUGUGAGAAACCCAACAACCACCUCAACAAAUUUAAGGGUUACAUGGAGCAUCCCGACCAGACCAGGACUGGCUUCGGCAGUGAGAGUCUUCUGCUUCGAGGCUGCACUAUCAGAAACACGGAGGUGGCUGUUGGCAUUGUCAUCUACGCAGGCCAUGACACAAAAGCCAUGCUGAACAACAGCGGCCCCCGGUACAAACGCAGCAAGAUUGAGCGGCGCAUGAACACAGACAUCUUCUUCUGCAUCGGGCUCCUCUUCCUCAUGUGUCUCAUUGGAGCUGUAGGUCACGGCCUCUGGAAUCGGAACUUUAAGGAACACCCUCCCUUCGACGUGCCGGAUGCCGACGGCCACUACCUUUCCCUGGCUCUGGGGGGCUUCUACAUGUUCCUCACGAUGAUCAUCCUGCUCCAGGUGCUGAUCCCGAUCUCAUUGUACGUGUCCAUUGAGCUGGUAAAGCUGGGGCAAGUAUUCUUCCUGCACAAUGACCUUGACCUCUACGAUGAGGAGACCGAUCUGUCCAUUCAGUGCCGAGCCCUGAACAUCACCGAGGACCUGGGCCAGAUCCAGUACAUCUUCUCCGACAAGACGGGGACGCUGACCGAGAACAAGAUGGUGUUCCGGCGCUGCUCCAUCAUGGGCAGAGAGUAUUGUCACCAAGAAAAUGCCAAGCGACUAGAGACCCCAAAGGAACUGGACUCAGACAGUGAAGAGUGGACCCAAUACCGAUGCCUGUCCUUCCCAGCUAGAUGGACCCAGGGCCCUGCAACAAUGCGAAGCCAAGGUGGUGCCCAGCCUCUGAGGAGAUGCCAUAGUGCCCGGGUGCCCAUCCAAGGCCACUCCCGACAAAGGUCUGUAGGACGCCGUGAGAGCUCACAGCCUCCUGUGGCCUUCAGCAGCUCCAUAGAAAAAGAUGUGACUCCAGAUAAAAACCUACUGACCAAGGUCCAAGAUGCUGCCCUGUGGCUGGAGACCUUAUCGGAUGCCCGACCACCCAAGUCRUCUCACUCCACCACGUCCUCCAUCGCCGACUUCUUCCUUGCCCUAACCAUCUGCAACUCUGUCAUGGUUUCCACAACCACAGAACCCAGACAGAGGGUCACCAUCCCACCCUCCAGCAAGGCUCUGGGGAUGUCCCUGGAGAAGAUCCAACAGCUCUUCCAGAGGUURAAGCUAAUGAGCCUCAGCCAGUCAUUCUCAUCCACGGCGCCCUCUGACACAGACCUGGGGGAGAGUUUCGGGGCUAACAUGCCCCCCACAGACUCGGACGAGAAAGACAAUGCCUCUGUGUGCAGUGGAGACUGCUCCACGGACGGCGGCUACAGGAGCAGCACGUGGGACCACGGUGACAUCCUGGGGUCCGAGUCGGGGGCAUCCUUGGAGGAGGUACCAGGGGCCCCAGCUCUCAGCCUGACCAGCCCCGAGUUCUGUUACGAGGCCGAGAGUCCCGACGAGGCCGCCCUGGUGCAUGCUGCUCAUGCCUAUAGCUUCACGCUGGUGUCCCGGACACCUGAGCAGGUGACCGUGCGUCUGCCCCAGGGCACCUGCCUCACCUUUGACCUCCUCUUCACCCUGGGCUUUGACUCUGUCAGGAAGAGAAUGUCUGUGGUUGUGAGGCACCCGCUGACCGGUGAGAUCAUCGUCUACACCAAGGGAGCAGACUCAGUUAUCAUGGACCUGCUGGAAGACCCAGCCCACGUGGCUGACCUUGAUGUGGAAAAGAAGCUGAAGAAGAUCCACUCCCGGACCCAAAAACAUCUAGACUUGUAUGCAAGAGAUGGUUUACGUACCCUGUGCAUCGCCAAGAAGGUAGUGAGUGAAGAAGACUUCAGGAGAUGGGCCAGUUUCCGGCGUGAGGCCGAGGCAUCCCUUGACAACAGAGAUGAGCUUCUAAUGGAGACAGCACAGCGUCUGGAGAAUCAACUCACCUUACUGGGAGCCACUGGGAUCGAAGACCGGCUGCAGGAAGGAGUUCCAGACACAAUUGCUGCUCUGCGGGAGGCUGGAAUCAAGCUCUGGGUCUUGACAGGAGAUAAGCAAGAGACAGCGGUCAAUAUUGCGUAUUCCUGCAGACUGUUAGAUCAGACAGACACCGUUUACUCCAUUAAUACUGAGAAUCAGGAGACCUGCGAAUCCAUCCUCAAUUGUGCACUGGAAGAGGUCAAGCAGUUCCAGGAGCCACAGAAGCCAGGCUGCAAGCUCUUUGGCUUCCGCCUCCCUUCUAAGACACCAUCCCCCACCACCAGAGGUAUGGCUCCGGAAGUUGGACUGGUCAUCAAUGGGAAGACGCUGAAUGUCAUUUUCCAGGGAAAGCUGGAGAAGUUGUUUCUGGAGCUGACCCAGUAUUGCCGGUCUGUCCUGUGUUGCCGCUGCACCCCGCUUCAGAAGAGUAUGAUCGUCAAGUUGGUGCGAGACAAACUGGGCGUCAUGACCCUUUCCAUAGGUGAUGGAGCAAACGACGUAAGCAUGAUUCAAGCCGCCGAUAUUGGGAUUGGAAUAUCUGGACAGGAAGGCAUGCAGGCUGUCAUGUCCAGUGACUUUGCCAUCUCCCGCUUCCGGCACCUCAAGAAGCUGCUGCUUGUGCAUGGUCACUGGUGUUACUCGCGCCUGGCCAAGAUGGUGGUGUACUUUUUCUACAAGAAUGUGUGCUACGUCAACCUGCUCUUUUGGUACCAGUUCUUCUGUGGUUUCUCUGGCUCCACCAUGAUCGAUUACUGGCAGAUGAUAUUCUUCAACCUCUUCUUCACUUCCCUGCCACCUAUCAUCUUCGGAGUCCUCGAUAAAGAUGUCUCUGCAGAAACACUGCUGGCGCUGCCCGAGCUMUACAAGAGUGGCCAGAACUCCGAGAACUACAACCUGUCGGCUUUCUGGAUUUCCAUGGCGGAUGCGUUCUACCAGAGCCUCAUCUGCUUCUUUUUCCCCUAUCUGACCUACAGAGGCUCUGACAUCGACGUCUUUACCUUUGGGACACCAAUCAACACCAUCUCCCUCAUCACAAUCCUCUUGCACCAGGCGAUGGAAAUGAAGACCUGGACCCUUGUCCAUGGACUUGUUCUGCUAAGCAGCUUCCUGAUGUACUUUGUGGUCUCCGUGGUGUAUAAUGCCACCUGCGUCACCUGCAACAGUCCCACCAAUCCCUACUGGGUGAUGGUGAACCAGCUCUCAGACCCCACGUUCUACCUCAUCUGCUUCCUCACACCUGUCGCGGCUCUCCUCCCAAGAUACUUUUUCCUGUCUCUACAAGGAACUUAUGGGAAAACUCCCAUCUCAAAAGCUCAGAAAAUUGACCAACUGCCCACAGAAAAAAGAAACCUGGAAAUCCAGAACUGGAGAAGCAAACUAAGACCUGCCACUACUCCUGUAGCAGCUCAGCCCACUCAUGGUCCAGUGCCACCUGUCCCAGAGCAGGACUUCAGGACCAGCACCCCAAAGAGCUCUAGUCCUCCCAAACGGAAGCACGUGGAAGACUGGGUGUUCCGUGGACAGAGAAGCAGCAGAGAGCAUGGGAGGGAUGGCCCAUGCUCAGGGGACUUCUCAGCUCAACUCUCAUCUGGGGAGCAUCUUCUAGGGCCAAAUAGGACACCGGGUCCCAGAGCCUGCUCCAGGGAACAGACGGAUGUGUCUCGGCCCUUGACCAGAGGCAGCCAUCGUCGAUCCCAGAGCUCACUGACCAUAUGA